AUGUCAGAACUCGAUUUGCGGGACAAUGAUGCCCAUAACGACAAUUGCCAUGACCAAAAGGGCAACCGAAGAAGACCUCACAAGAAGUCAAGAAACGGCUGUGCUGUUUGCAAACAACGACGAGUCAAGUGUGAUGAGGAACACCCAGUGUGCAGAAAUUGUGCCAAAAAGAAACUACCAUGCUCUUAUAUCCAGGUCAAGCCAAGGAAGACCAUGAGAGGCUUCAAGUUCAAAGAUAUGUCAUCGAGUUUUCAAUUCAAGCAAAGUCGAGAAGAAUCGUUAUCUAAGAAACCCAUCCACAGAAAACCUUCAUUGAAAACUUUACCAGAAAACGAAAAAAUCAAAGCUGAUUAUGAUGAUGGUAGCUCAAUCAGCAAUCAUACCAAUCCCACUACAAAUUUUUUUUUGGGAACCUCGAAAAUCGACACUCAGCUUUGUGGUGGCAGCAGCAGCAACCAGCCGACCACCAGCAUGGACAUCAACCAAAAAUCUUCCACGGUUUGCGGGAAUAAUAAUAAUAAUAAUAAUAAUAAUAAUAAUAAUAAUAAUAAUAAUAAUAAUAAUAAUAAUAAUAAUAAUAAUAAUAAUAACUUGCCUUUGAAUAAUAACCUAGAGAACCCUCCAAUAAUUACCACCACCACAACAACCCCAUCAUCCCCAUCGUCGUCAAUAUCUUCGAAGUUUUCCAAGAAUCCGGAAUCCGAUUUUGUAAAAUACCCAGCUCCAUCAUCUCAUCUGGCUUCCAAUGAUAGUGGUCAAAGUACUGCAGGGCUUGGGCCAGAUCGUUUCCAACAGCCGAUGCUGUUCAUGUUUCAACAAGACAAGCGUCGAGUGACCAAUGAUAGUAAGAAUUACGAAGCCUUGCUCAGCGACUAUGUUUUGAUGACCGACAUCAUGAUGGAAUUGCUGGAAUACGCUGAGGGCCCCCACAUGGAAAAAUCGUAUCCCGAAGUACAUACUAGAGGGUAUGUUUUGAGAUUGUUCAAUGAAGUUGCUAAGAAGUUCAAGUUCAUCAGACAUAUCAUCCUAGCGACGGCGGCGUUGGAUAUUUACUAUACCGAUGAUUAUGUUGAAGAUCCAAAGAUAGAACUAGAUGAGAGAAACCGCAAACGUUUGAACGGACUUGCAUCAAGGAAGUUUUUGGAUAAGUUCCCAGAAAUCGACAAGUACUUCAUGCUCCAAGUGUCAAUGAUCCAUAAGACCAAGUUUGUGGAAUCAUUCCACUCGUUUAUGAACAAUGGUGAUCCCAAAGCCUUUUUGAAUCCUCAAGUUUCAGAAGUAUUGGUGAUGUCUUCAGCGUUGCUUUGCUUGUACUUGAUGAUUAAUGUCAAUUACCAAUUUACAAAUCUAAAGUUAUACCAAACUUUCAAAUCUUUGAGUUCUCUUCGGGGUAUUGAGAAAAAAUUUGGGUUAACCAACACUCCAGACGUCAUUAUGCCUAGUUAUCUUUAUCACCCAGAUAAGGACGAGUUGAAAGAUGUGAAAGCAUUCCCGAAUUUUUUGAAUGAUAUUUUAAAAGUUCAGGAUUUCGAGUACGCUAAUGGGAAAGUCAAGGUAUAUGAAGAUAUCGAAACCCCUAAAUCCAAGUAUUUAAGACCCAAAAAGAAGAAGAAUAAGCGGCAAGGAAGGGGGUGUAUCGACGUUAUUACCACUAGUGGUAAUUCUAAAAACACGAUUGUCUCUGAUUUGGAUGAUACCGAGGCCAGCAAUAAACAGAAAGAUGAUAAAAUGAUAAGAACCGUGAAAAAGCAUUCCAAAUUGGCCAUUCAAAGUAUUUUGAAUGCCUAUUCAGAUGAAGAAGAAGAAGAAGACAGUGAGUCGGAUGAUGAUAAUGAUGACGGUGAAACAUUUAAGAAGCAAGCUUCGACCAAUGACAAACGUUAUAAUACUCUUAAAAUUGAUAAAAAUUAUGAAAUUCUGGACGAUGAUUUCGAUUAUUUCAAUUGCGUCACUGAAGAAGAAAUUUAUGGUGAAGAUAAUUUGAUUUCCAACGCGAAAAAAACCGUGAGAAUUGAUAGCAUCAAAUGCCAAAGUUUCCCAACGUACGUGAUACGUACUGUCGAUGAAAAUGGUAAGUUUGCUGAUAAAUUAAGGUACGAGAAAGUUUAUCGAGAUUUGAUGGAAAUUAUCAAGAUUUUAUCUCACGUUUAUGCCACCCAAAAGGAGCCAGACAUUGGGCCAGUGGUCAUCAGAUUUUCGAUUAAAAUAUCCAGGAACGAUAAUAUCUUGUAUCUUAUUCAUCACAAGGACCCCAGGAUUCUCGUGAUCAUCAGCUAUUUUUUAGCGUUGGUUAGUAGAGACGAUUAUAUAUGGUGGAUAGAAGGAUUGGUUACGGAAAUUGAUCAUUUGACAAGCAUCUUGGGUCUGGAAUGGGUUUCGUGGAUUCAAGAUUCCAAGGACACCAUUGAAAAGAAUGAUUGGCGAAAUCAGAUGCAAAAGCGAAUCCCAAAACAGGCGAAGAAAAAGCAUAGAAGUAAUGGGUAUUUGAAUAAAUUGAAGAAGCAGAAAGCGAAACUUAAUAAAGGUCGUGGUGAUUCCAUGACUACUACCGAUACAAAUAGUAGUAAAGGCUCAGUAUCAAAUGUGUAUGAUUCUGGAGAUAAUGGUAUAAACCCUAUUACAACUCAAUUCAUUCGGGGUCAUCAAACGAAUCAACAAUUCUAUCAAACCCCACAGCAACAAAAGCAAAGUAUUGCUCAACCACCAUUACCCCAGCAAAUCAUCCAAGAGAUUCCAUUACCACCUCAACAACAACCUAUGAUUCAAAACCCUUCUUCCCUCCUUCCACCACAAGUGACCAUGGUGAAUUAUCCACCGUACAAUAAUAAUAUCUCCCUGCCAUCGCAAUUUGUGGCAAAUAUCGAACCGAUCAAGAACCAUCUAAUCUUGGCUAAUGCCAAUCCAUCAACGAUGCUUGCUCCUGCUUCUGGCCCAGGGUUGGCGCAAUCAGAGGCGCCUCAACAGCAAGUUGAUUCGGCGCAAGGACAUGUAUAUCCAGAGAUGUUUUAUUAUCAUCAUAAUAAUUUACCAUUUGAUAAAAAUGGGCAGAGCGGGUAUGGACCGAAUUGA